AGUCGAGGCACAGCCAAAAGCAGUGCGGCCGAAUCUAGUGCCGUGGCUGGGUUACACUGUUUUAUACCUCCGCUGAUUUUUCGUACCGUGCGUGGUUUGUGCGUGCAUUUAAUUUGUCUAUUACAGAUUUUUAAAUUUUGUUUCCAAAACCAGCACCAGUGGAUUUAAGUGUGAUAUUUAUUUUAAAACAACAGUGGAACUCAUCACCCUCCAGGAUUUAACAUCAAUCACUACUUAAGAUCUAAUGUAAUUUUAUUUAAAUUUUAGCGGUUACAAGUGGAGUUGAACAUAUAUACGUAUAUAUAAAUAUAUAAAAAUAAAAUUAUAUAUAUCUAUAUAUAUAUAUUUUCUCUUCUACUACGGUAGAUUGAAAAACGAGAACGAAAAACACCGCGACGGCCAUGGCUCGCCGUCGCGAGGACACCGACGAUGGUGAUUAAACAAAACGUCGACGGGUGCGGCAUAUUAAUCCAAUAGGAUAAACUUUUCAAUAAUAAUAAUAAUAAUAAUAAUAAUAAUAAUAAUAAUAAUAAAUAAUAAUUUAUUUAGCAGGUUCGCAGGCUAUUCAUAAUAAUUCAAGACUGUAAGCUUAUCUGGCAGUUGCUGGAAAACAUGAAGCUGAUUUUUUAAAAUUCUUUGAAGAAUCCAAUGUGGAAUCGCUGGUGAUAUGUGGUUGUGAAAUAAAGCAAGAGUUUGUAUUUAAAGUAGUCUAGCAACUUGUAGAAAAAAAAAUAAAAUCGGAUAGGCACAGGCUUUAUUACAAUAUUAUAUAUUUAUAUAUAUAUAUACAUCUAUAUACAUAUAGUGUGGUUGUUUUAAAAGCAACGGUGUGUUUUUAAGGACGUGAUACAUUGCCCGGCGGACUAGUUGUGUUAUUGGUCUUGGUCAAAAAGCGAUAGCAAACCGGAUACACUUAAAAACGUGUAACUGGCUAGCUGGUGUAGGCCAACAAGCUAAAGAGCCGGGAGGCUUUCAUUUUAUUUUGUUGAAAGACAGUGAGAAGGUUUGUUAGUUUUUUUUGGCACAUAAGUUGUUGUUGCUGUUGUUGUUAUUAUUUAUAUAGUUGUGGAUUGUUUGUCAAGUUGACGUACAACAGAGCCAAGAAAGUUUUCGAGACAUUAAGCAAGCAGUCCAUUCUCCUACAAGGGGAACCUUACCCGCUGGAGGAUGAACAAGCUACGAGAAUUAACACAACGCUCAUAGUUGCUGUGUUCUUCUUGUUCAACCUUUCGGAAUAUUUUUUCUGCCUUUGUUUCUUACCGUCUCCUGGGUAGGAGGUGGCUUGUCAAGUUUCACGGGUACACUCAAGAACUUCGUCCUCAGUAAAAAUGCAAGUGGCAACGCUGUUUCGCGAGAGUGCUACUUUGCUGGGUGCUUCGAAUCUGGACCCUCCACAGCAACAUCAUCAAGCUCAUCAACAGCAACAACAACAACCACCACCACAGCAACAGCAACAGCAGCAGCAACAACAGCAACAACAACCACCACCACAACAACAGCAACAACACCAACACCAGCAGCAGCAGCAGCAGCAGCAACAGCAACUUCAACACCACCAGCAAAUUCAACAACAGAACUCGGAUAUCCAUCUUGGCCAUCAUAUGCAGCAUUAUCAUAAAAUGUCUUACCCAUCGCCGGUGCAAAAUGGCGUGCAAAAUAAUAGUACAAUGAACUGUUCUGGUUCUCAAGGGUUGAUGGUGAAGCAGGAGGCACGGGACGACGGUUACGAGACGAGUCCGGACCUGGAGAUGAGAAGCAACGGGGGUGACAGUAGCCAGCAGUAUCACACUCCACUGACGCCGCAUACGCCCCACACCCCGCACACACCCCAUACACCGUUAACACCGAUAUCGGCAACGUCGCAUCAGCCCCAACAGCCAAGCUCCACUGGGGCCACGUUAGGACAGGUGCCGAUGAAAUGUGAAACGCCAGUAGACCCUUAUUCGUUUGUCGACGAGGAAAUGUCUAUGAGCGGCGGCAUAAGAACGGCGAGUAGUCCUGGUGAAAACAUAGAUGGGCUGACAUGUUCUACAAGUAGUAACAUACAGUCAAGUAUUGGUACUCCGUCAUCAUCGUCCCCAAGCCCUAUGCCCAGUCAACAACAGCAGCAGCAGCAGCAACAUCUGCUCCAGCAACAACAACAGCAACUUCAUCAUCAGCAACAACAUCACCAACAACAGCAACAACAUCAGCUUGAGCUUGAACAGCAGCAUCACAUGAGUAUGAUGAUGAAUGGUGCGCUCAAUUCAAUGCAAUUACCCCAUCAACCGAAGAAACGAGGCCGUAAGAAGAAGUCAGAAAUGAUACUUACACCUGAAGAGGCGGAGCUUGCUGAGGCUAAAAAACGUGCUAAAACCUACAAAGAAAGAAAAAAGCAUGACAGGUUCGAUGGUAUGCCUGAAGAGGAAGUUAGCAAACGAGUGCUCCCCGAUCAUCUUACCGAUAAUCUUGAUAUUAUUAUCAUUGGCAUUAACCCUGGGCUUUUCGCGGCUUACAAGGGCCACCACUACGCCGGACCAGGAAACCACUUUUGGAAAUGUUUACAUCUAAGUGGCCUAACACCUGAUCCACUCACUGCUGAAGAUGACUAUACAUUAUUACGUUUAGGAAUUGGUUUUACUAAUAUGGUCGCACGUGCGACUAAAGGAAGUGCUGAUUUAACGAGAAAAGAAAUAAAAGAAGGUAGUAGUUUAUUGUUGGAAAAGUUGAAGAGGUACAAGCCAAAAAUAGCAGUAUUUAAUGGUAAACUUAUUUAUGAAGUUUUUUCUGGUAAAAAAGAAUUUGGAUUUGGUCGACAACCGAGUUUAAUUGAGGGUACAAAUACAUAUAUGUGGGUAAUGCCAUCGAGUAGCGCGAGGUGUGCGCAAUUGCCACGCGCGGCGGAUAAGGUGCCAUACUAUGCAGCUCUUAAAAAAUUUCGUGAUUAUUUAAACGGUACAAUAUCACACCUGGAUGAAUCGGAUAUUGUAUUUGCUGAUCCAAAAAUAAACAAAAAGAAAGAUUCAGACGCUAUAGAAGAUAAAAAGUCUGUGUACGAAGGCGACGAUAUUGACGGCGAGAGCAGGAUGUCCGAAUUAAGUGAGAUAAAGCCGGAGCAAGGAUUGAUACCGGGGAAAAAGAAACGCGGUAGACCCAAGAAAAUAAAAAAUCCCGAUGAUCAGAUGAUGAUUCCAUCAGAGUCUGACCCUAAAAUGGACACAACCAACGCCGGGAGUGGUAACGUCGAAGGAUCAAAUAUUGGAUCUGGAGGCGAGGUGAUAAAGAAACGUCGUGGACGUCCCAAGAAAAUUCAUCAGCAGCAGAAACAACAGGAGCGUGAAGCUCGGGAGCGCGAGCAAAUGGUCCAGCAACAUCAGCAGCAUCAACAGCAGCAACAGCAACAUCACCUUCAUCAUCCACAUCAUCCUCAAAAUAUGGGACAUCUCGGUGACAAUUACGGGAAUGUCCCAGGUUGUUUUUCACCUCCUCUUAUGUCACCACCAAAACCUUUCGCUCAUAUGGCGCCAUAUCCGCAACCCGACUCAAAUUUCUUUUCACAGGGUAUGAAUGACAGUCCGUAUAACAUGAGCGCUAAACAAAGCCCCGUACACUUACAGCAGCACUAUAGCCAAAGUCCUAAAUCUAUGUCCUUGUCGUUCACUCACUCGGAUCUAUCGUCUGAGAUAAACACGGCAAUAUCAUCUGAAAAUAAUCUUGAACCCUCACCAUUAACCUCUCCGAGUGUUGAGCAUCCGGAUUUUGAACCACCGACAAGUAUGUCUCAGCAGCAGAAUCUCACGAAUGACCAUCGCGCUUAUAAUCCAGCUGGGACAACAGACGGCACAAUACCGCACUCAGGAAGCCCUGGUACGCAGUCACAUUCGAGUUAUACGAGCUACAUGGGUUUCCACGAUCAGCCGACACCCGAUUCUCACGGGCACGGACAUCAAACUACGCCCACGGGCUUAAACCCCGGUGAAGACCAGCACUCACAUCAGUCGCAUCACACACCACCUUUGAGUCAUCCUCACACGCCGACACACUCAUCAAUGUCGCCGCAUCCGCAUGAGCAAUACGUCAUGAAGAGAAAUACCGGACAAGAUGUUGCUUCUAAGAGUCUGAGCGACCUCGAGUCUUUGGUUGAUCAGAUACCGAGUAUAGCUGACGGUGGCAAUCAACGUUUACACUCCCAUCCUGGAAUCCCCGAUGACGGGCUUGGUGAUAAUAAAAUGGAGCCGCAUCAUCAAUCUUAUUUGUCUGGUUUUUCUGGCCCAGGUAUGAAUAAUUACAGUCCGCCGCUUGGAGGUGGGAUUUACCCUGGUUCACAACCACUUUAUCCAGGUGAAAAUUAUGGAUCGCCGUAUGGGAUGAACGGACGGCUUGAUCAACAACAACAGCAGCAACAGCAUCAACAUCAACAGCAGCAGCAGCAGCAGCAACAACAACAACAACAGCAACAGCAACAGCAGCAGCAACAGCAACAGCAGCAACACAGUAAAUCUUAUACAGUAGAAAAUCUCGCCUCGAGCAAUUAUACACCGAGCAUGAGUCAAGCGGGAAAUAGCUAUUCUAACAUUAUCCCUGGUCCACAUUAUCCUGUACCAACUAUGGGACCUACCAACGGCUAUCUCUUUGGGGGAUUAGAGUCAAGUCUGAUGCAACGUACUUACGGAAUGGGCGGCAUGACCGGUAUGGGUGGUAUGCAUCCCUCGUUAGGGCACAUGGCUAAUCCCUAUCCAUACAAUACAUCCUACUCGAGUUCCUUCGAGGCAUAUCCAACACCUCCAGCCGGCAUUCAUGCCCCCAGUCCAAAUUACCCUGGUGGUUACGGUGUUUCUAGCACUACCAGCAGUCCCGGUAACUCUACACCUCCUUCUUAUCUUCAAUCUCAUCACAGGCCACCCGUUGACCUCGGCUAUGACGGCGUAUGAUAAUCAUUGUAAGCGUUAUGCUUAAUUAACUAAAAAAUAUUAAAAAAAAGGAAAAAAAAUAAAUAUAUGUGUGUAUAAAUAUAUAUAUUAUACGCUGAAUACUACCUUUUUUUACGUAUUUUUACACUCUUAGGAUUUUCUUGGCAUGUCCGAAUGCUGCAUCGUUGAGGAAAAAAAAAAAAACGUUGGCAUUACGGCAAAAAAAAGUAUUUGCAAGACCGCGUCGCCGUUUUCGAGAAAUUAAUUUUUAUUAAUAAUGUGUAAUUUAUGUUUUAAUGAUGAUGAUGAUUAUUAUUAUUAUAAUAAUAGUAAAUAGUAAUGAUAAUGAUGAUCAUAACGAUAAUAGUCAGUAAGAAGAAUAAUAAUAAUUAUAAUUAUAAUAAUAAUAAUGAUGAUGAUGAUGAUGAUGACUAUGAUGAUGAUAAUGAUACUGAUACUGAUAAUGAUGGAGAAAAAAAUGAUUAAUAAUAAUAAAUACUAACUUUAAUAAUAAUAAUAAUAGUAAUGAUAAGUCUGCGACAACGGCGACGCGAUUAGAAUAAAUCUAGUCCACCCGCAACGAAUAGUGCUUUCGGUUGAUGUCAAUCAAUUUCGCUGGGUUGAAUUGUGUCGUUUUAAUUUAACGACUCGGCGUGAUUUCGGAGGUCGGCGAAAAAUAUUAACAAAGAAAUAUUGAUAACGAGUGAUAGAUAUGAAUAUACUCGUGAUGCUCAAAAAUAAUUAUCCAAUUAUUUAAAAAGUUUAUUUUUUAUUUUUUUUUUUUUUAUUUCGAGUUACUCGUACGGUUUAUUUUUGCAUUUAUAAUAGAGUUAUAUUGGUUUUUAGUUUUUUCAAAAGGAAAGUAAAUUGUUAUAAGGCCAGUGAGGUGCUAUGUAAUAAACGUGCAAUUUUAUUACCGUACGUUUUAUAAUUAUUAUUUCCCCUAUUUUUUUUUUUUUUUUUAUAAAUUCCUGACUACGUUGUUGUUAUUGUUAUUGUUGUUGUUGCCUUAACUAACUUCAAUUGUCAUUAGUUAUUAUAUUACAAACUUUGAAUGUCAAUCAGUACAUUCCGUUAUAAACUUGACCGUUUAUUAUUGUAAUAAUUAUUGAAAAAAGAAAGAGAAAAAUAGAGAAUAUGUUUAAGAAAUAUAUCAAUAUCAUAUUAUUAUUAUUAUUAUGUAUCUGUACAUAUAAUUAUCAUCUUAGAGUAUUUUAUAGUUUCGUUAAAAUUUUAUAUAUAACAUUUAAUUUUUUGUUUAUGUUUUUUUAUCGAACGAUAUAAGUUUCUAUUGCAAGUCAGGAUUAUUUUUCUUAAAAAAAAUUAAUUUUAUUAAUUUAAAGCUCGCUAUCUUUAAAUUUGUGAUUAAAUUUUAACUGAAAACAAAGUACAAGAAAUAUUUAUUAAAUUUUUAUUUUCAAAAUUAUAAAUAAAUAAUUAAUUCAAAAGGUAGCGAUCUGGUAUAAUUUAAAAAUAAAUUAUUUCGCCGAUCUCUGUUAAUAUACAUUGGCGGUCGUUGUGUAUAUACAAUUAUAUAUUAAUAAUACAAAUAAACAAACGAAUUUUCAUCGGUGUUGUUAUCAUUGUCAUUCACAGUUUAUUCUCGCGAAACACGAAUAUAUGAUUAAUAAAUGUAAAAAAAACUAAUAAAUAUAAAUUUGCCAUUGCGGAUUGUCAUCUUCAUUAACGUAAUCGUUAGUCAAACUUUUUUUUUGACAUCCUAAUAGUUCUUAAUUGAUAGUUGAUUACAAAAAAAAAAGAUAAAUAAAAAACCCAGUAAACUAAAAAUAAUUAUUUAAUUAUUUUUUAUGAUCACGAUAAUGAAGAUGACUUAUCAUUACGAUAUAAAUGGAGUCGCGUUGUGUUACGUUUUAUGCCAUAAUUAAUAUUCUAUUAUGUUUUUACAAGUUAUAUUAUCGCGAUUAAUGACUGAUGCAUGGCAUAUAAAUAAAUAAAUAAAUAAAUAAUUGAAUAUAUUUAUUUAUUUAUACUAGUAAUUAAACCAUACAAAGAGACGUAAGUUAAAAUAUCGUUGACGCACCGAGACAUUACAUCUUUAAUUAAAGUAUAUUGCUGUAAAAUGAUGCAUCAGUUAUACAUAUAUUAUAAAUAUAUUAAAUAUAUAUAAUAUAAAUAUAUAAAAAGUAACAAAAAUUAUUGAUACAAAUAUAAAUAUAAAUAGAUAUUGUAAUGAUAAAGUAACUAUUAACUAGCCAAUAUAAUAAAUAAAUAAAAUAAUUAAUUAACAAUUUGUCAAAUAAUCAUUAAAUUGAAUGUGUCGAUGAGAUGACGACGGAGGUGAUGCACAGGGUAUAGAUGAAGUUGAUGCUGUUAUAAAAAUAACAAUAAUGAUACUAAUAUUGAUAAUGAACAAUAGUAAUAAUAAUAAUUAUUAUUAUUAUUGUUAUAAUAUGCUGUCUAUAUUAUAUAUAAAAAUAGAUA